AUGGCCUUCGAAGGACAACAUCUCUUCAAACAAGCUCUUAUCAUCAAGGAUGCUACUGGUGGCAGUAGCACCUAUCUUCCACAGAGGAUGAUGACCUUUUAUUUCCCUACUUCCUCCACCUCACAUCUUGACAAGAUCCCCAUGCUUGGUUCCCAAGAAUCCUACAAGGUCUGGCACAUUGUCUGCCAAAUCUUCUGCAAAAAAUGUAAUUUAAUAGAGGGUGAGGAUCAUGUUGAGGUGAAUGGGGAAAUUUUCCAGAAGCCCUUUGUGGAAAAACCAGUGAGCGCAGAGGACCAUAAUGUUUACAUCUACUACCCAACAUCUGCUGGAGGUGGGAGUCAAAGACUUUUCCGAAAGAUUGGUAGCCGCAGCAGUGUAUACUCACCUGAAAGCAGCGUCCGGAAGACCGGUUCAUACAUUUAUGAAGAGUUUAUGCCUACUGAUGGCACUGAUGUGAAGGUUUACACUGUGGGACCAGAUUAUGCCCAUGCUGAAGCUCGGAAGUCUCCCGCACUUGACGGCAAGGUAGAACGGGACAGCGAAGGAAAAGAAGUCCGGUAUCCGGUCAUCUUAAAUGCCAGAGAGAAACUGAUAGCUUGGAAAGUGUGCCUUGCUUUCAAGCAAACUGUUUGUGGAUUUGAUCUGCUUCGUGCAAGUGGCCAGUCUUAUGUGUGUGAUGUUAAUGGAUUUAGCUUUGUAAAGAACUCUAUGAAGUAUUACGAUGACUGUGCAAAGAUCCUUGGAAAUAUCAUUAUGCGUGAGCUAGCUCCUCAGUUCCACAUUCCCUGGUCAAUACCGCUGGAAGCAGAAGAUAUACCCAUAGUUCCCACAACAUCCGGAACAAUGAUGGAGCUUCGUUGUGUUAUUGCAGUGAUCAGACAUGGUGAUCGGACACCAAAGCAAAAAAUGAAAAUGGAAGUAAGGCAUCAAAGGUUUUUUGAUCUAUUUGAAAAAUGUCAUGGCUACAAGACUGGGAAAUUAAAACUGAAAAAACCAAAGCAAUUGCAGGAAGUCCUGGACAUUGCAAGACAUCUUCUUGUUGAGCUUGGACAGAACAAUGAUUCUGAAAUUGAGGAAAGCAAAGCAAAGCUGGAGCAGCUUAAAACAGUGUUAGAGAUGUAUGGACACUUUUCAGGAAUCAAUCGCAAAGUUCAGUUGACCUAUCUCCCCCAUGGUUGUCCUAAGACAUCUAGUGAAGAAGAAGACUAUCGAAGGGAAGAACCAUCACUGCUUCUAGUUCUUAAGUGGGGAGGUGAACUGACCCCUGCAGGGCGAGUUCAAGCAGAGGAGCUUGGGAGGGCAUUCCGGUGCAUGUAUCCUGGAGGACAAGGAGACUAUGCUGGUUUCCCAGGAUGUGGUUUGCUCAGGUUACACAGUACUUACAGACAUGACCUGAAGAUCUAUGCCUCUGAUGAAGGAAGAGUCCAGAUGACUGCCGCAGCUUUUGCUAAAGGCUUGCUGGCUCUGGAAGGAGAGCUGACCCCAAUACUUGUGCAGAUGGUGAAAAGUGCCAAUAUGAAUGGUCUCUUGGAUAAUGACAGUGACUCAUUUAGCAGCUGUCAGCAUCGAGUGAAGGCACGACUUCAUGAAAUACUUCAGCGGGAUCGUGAUUUUAGUGCUGAGGACUAUGAAAAGCUGACCCCUACUGGAAGCGUAUCGCAGAUUAAAUCCAUGCAGAUUAUAAAGAAUCCAGUUAAAACUUGUGACAAAGUGUAUUCAUUAAUUCAAAGCCUCACAUCCCAAAUACGACUAAAAAUGGAAGACCCCAGAUUCUCAGAUAUUCAGCUCUACCACAGUGAGACCCUGGAGUUGAUGCUUCGCAGGUGGUCCAAACUGGAAAAAGAUUUCAAAACGAAAAAUGGAAGAUACGACAUCAGCAAGAUUCCCGAUAUUUAUGAUUGUAUAAAGUAUGAUGUGCAACAUAACGGCUCAUUAAAACUGGAGAACACAAUGGAAUUGUACAGGAUAUCCAAGGCACUAGCUGACAUUGUCAUUCCACAGGAAUAUGGUAUAUCCAAAGCAGAAAAGCUGGAGAUUGCUAAAGGUUACUGCACACCUCUUGUUCGAAAGAUUCGCUCUGAUCUACAGAGAACACAAGAUGAUGACACUGUAAAUAAGCUCCAUCCACUGUAUUCGCGAGGUGUGAUGUCUCCAGAGCGGCAUGUGCGCACACGUUUGUAUUUUACCAGUGAAAGUCAUGUUCAUUCACUACUGUCAAUUCUGCAUUUUGGAGCACUCUGUGAUGAGACCAAGGAUGAGCAGUGGAAGAGGUCGAUGGACUACUUAAACUUUGUAAAUGAACUGAAUUACAUGACACAGAUUGUUAUUAUGCUGUAUGAGGACCCAAACAAGGAUCUGACGUCAGAGGAGCGCUUCCAUGUGGAAUUGCACUUUAGUCCAGGUGCAAAAGGCUGCGAAGAAGAUAAGAACUUGCCUUCAGGAUUUGGGUACAGACCAGCAUCCAGAGAGAGUGAAAGCUCCAAGAAACACAUCCAUGGAAAUGACAGCGAUGAAGAGCCUGGCGUGUGCAGAAGAGAUGAGCCCGACAGGUCCAUGGUGAUGUUUAAACCUAUGGUGUCUGAUCCUAUUCACAUACACAGGAAGUCUCCUUUACCACGUUCCAGAAAGAUAGGCUCGGUAGAGGAAGGGAGCCCCCUGAGUGUGUCUAGCCCAGAGUGUAUCGGUACCUGGAUGCAUUACACCAGUGCUGUGGGUUCUGGGCGUCGAAGACGCAGAUCAGGGGAUCAAAUCACUUCUUCCCCUGUGUCCCCUAAAUCAUUGGCUUUCACAUCCAGUAUUUUUGGCUCAUGGCAACAGGUGCUAUCUGAUAAUAAUCUAAGAGCAGCCAGAAUUUUGGAGCAGAAGCACAGUGGCUUAGGGUUUGAACUGUACUCCAUGGUGCCUUCCAUAUGUCCAUUAGAGACUCUCCACAACUCCUUGUCUUUAAAGCAGGUGGAUGAAUUCCUUUCUGCAAUCGCAACUCCAAGCGACUGUCUUCUGGAUACUCCCACUGCUUCCCCAUGUACACCUGGUUUUUAUAGUCAUGUUGGUGGCAGAAAGGUAUCCUUGAAUACAUAUUCACCAACGAAAAUACUACCAACACCAUUGUUUCCAACUAUGGACGUUACCGAUGCAAGCGCUUCUACUCAGCAUGGCGGUGGAGCAUCCAACACCAUAACUAACCUUGUCCAAGAGGACAAAGAGUCCACUGAGGUCAAAGCAGAAAAGCCUCUACCAGAACAAGGUGGCUGUCUACAAGCAACGCUGAACCUUCACCCAUAAUUACUUGCACUGCUUUAAAACUGGAGAGUGGGUUUACUUAAACCUUGUAUCUAUAUGCAACAUAUUUAAAGGUUAUUUUUCUACUGUAGUCCUAGUUUGUAUAUACAGAUAAGACAGAUGAAUUGUACAUAAAGUAUUUUGUGUUUACAU